AUGACGAGGAAACCGCAGAGCCCCACUCUGGAUGAUGGCAAGACUAGGAAAAGGAUCUUGAAGCCGGUCGUGGAGAAGAAAAGGAGAGACCGGAUAAAUAAAAGUCUUGCUGAAUUGCGAAGCUUGCUUCUGAAUUCAACGUCUGAUCCCCGACUGCAGAGUCCCAAGAUAGAGAAAGCAGAGAUUCUGGAUCUGGCGGUGGAAUAUAUAAAGCAGUGGACAGACAUGAAGACCUUGAGCAAUGGUUUGAAACUUGGCCUUGCUGAGUCCAGUGCUCCUCCUCUACUCAGCAGUGAGAGCGCAGGUUUCCAGCAGUGUGUGGCGCAGCUGACCAGCUACAUCCACAAGUUAACGCCGGCACAGAGAACAAACCUGAUCGAGAGGCUGACGCAUCACACGGAGAGCUGGCAGUCGAGGCCAGACUUCAAUCGCAAUGUGUCUGAGAUGUCGGAUUCCCAGCCUCCGGAGGGCAUUUGCACAUCUGAGUGUCGAGAAGAUUCUCCCUGGUUGCUUUUCCCGUCACAUUCGCCCUUUCAGCCCCUCUCCUGCUCCACACCGCGCCACGACUACGUGACCCCUCCUUCAUCCCCCUGGUUCUCUCCUUCUUUCAGCACGUAUGCCACCUCUCCUUCUUUCCCAUCCUUUGCCUGUCACUUCUCCUUCCCCCCCAGCCUGUCACCUCCAUCCUCCAACACCUCAUUCCUAAGUUUGUCACCCACGCAUCCUCACACCAGCCCUCUUGGCCUCCACGUCUCCCCUCCCACGUCGAGACGACACUCAGACCUGGCAGACAGGGAGGAGGUGGCAACGAACUCUUCCUCGGCCAGGUGGAGGCCCUGGAUUUGA